AGUAAAAUGUCGAAUAUAGUGGAUUUCUACAAGGAUCGGACGCUUUUCAUUACAGGCGUGACGGGGUUUAUGGGGAAAGUUUUGUUGGAGAAAUUGUUAAGAUCCUGUCCUGGCUUGAAGAAGGUUUACCUGCUGAUGCGGCCCAAGAAGGGGCACGAUAUCCGGACCAGACUCAAUCAGCUCAUUGAAUCUAAAUUAUUCGAUGACAUCCGUGAAAACAUGCUGAAUGUACAUGAAAAAGUCAUUCCAGUGGCUGGGGACAUUAUGGAACCUAAGUUGGGACUGAGUGAGGAAGAGGAGAAGAUCCUAAUCGAGGAAGUUUCCAUUGUAUUCCAUUCCGCUGCUACUGUUCGAUUUGAUGAACCCUUGAAGAUGUCAGUUCAGCUGAAUAUCAUUGGAGUGAAUAGGAUUCUGGAUCUAUGCAAGAAAAUGCAACACUUGGAUGCUCUGAUCCACAUCUCGACAGCAUAUGCCAACUGCGACAGACAUCUGAUAUCUGAGAAGAUCUACCAACCACCGAUUACUGCUUCCAAGAUUGUCAGUGCUAUGGAAUGGAUGGAUGAUGAAGUCGUGCAAGCACUCACCCCAAAAAUCAUCCAACCGCGACCGAACACGUACACAUUCACGAAAGCAAUUGCAGAGCACCUCAUAGCUGAAAAGUCUGAAAAUCUUCCUGUGGCCAUUGUUAGGCCAUCAAUUGUUGGAGCUUCUUGGCAGGAGCCCUUGCAGGGCUGGGUGGAUAACUUCAAUGGACCAAGUGGACUGCUAGUGGCUAUAGGUAAGGGCAUAUUGAGGGUGAUGAUGGGUAACAAUUCGGCAUGUGCAGAUUUGGUGCCUGUCGAUAUGGCUGUCAACCUCAUUAUUGCUUCUGCUUGGUCUACUGCUACUUACGGCCACAAUGGCCUGCAGAUCUUCAACUGCACAACUGGACUGCAAAAUAGAUUAACAUGGGGGCAGAUAGAGAAAGCCUCGAUGGAUUGCUUCAGCAGGAAUCCUGUUGACGUCCCAGUUCGACUCCCAAAUCCCAAGUUUACUCUCAACAGAACUUACUACCUACUGCAGAGAUGGUUCGAUCACUUUCUUCCUGCUUGGUUCAUGGACAUUGGCUUGAAACUUUGUGGCCAGAAGCCUAUAUUGAUGAGACUGCAGAGGAGACUCUGGAAAUCAGUCUCAUGUAUGGAGUUCUUUACCAGCCAUGAAUGGAAGUUUGAGGAUGACAACGUGAGGAAACUCUACGCCAAUAUGUCUGAAAGAGAUCAGAAGGACUUCAACUUUGACGUGAAGCAAAUACACUGGCCAACGUACUUGGAGAACUAUUGCUUGGGCGUUAAGAGAUUCGUCCUCAAGGAAGAUAUGAAGAACUUACUGAAAGCCAGGAAGGCGUUUUAUAGGUUGGUUGGUUGGCUGGCUGGCUGGCUGGCUGGCUGGCUGAUUGGUUGA